AACAGGAAACAUGGCUUGGAAGUUCUCUAGCUCUGCUGUAUUUAAUGAUGUUGAAAGCUAAGCUGUUCUCUUCUGUCGUAAUAUGGUGAAAAACGUUCAACAUAUCACUUAACGUUAAUAUUUUUUCUUUUUAACGUGUUCUCAGUUCGGUGUGUCUUGUGAUUCGCUGCUUAUGUGUUUACACGUCAAGUAGUCUUCAGUUUUAUUAUUAUGAGCUUUUGUGGCACAUGAGUGUGGAUUGCUAACUAAACCAUUAGCCAGCCAGUUACAGUAUUUGUCUGUCGGUAGUCACUCUGGGACUCUGAAGUCUCGUCAACAGAUACACCGAGAGCCUAGUGUCUUUUUCUACAAACCCACAUAAUCAUGACUGCCAUGCGAGUGGAUGCUAAGGUGGUCAUGCUUGGCAAAGAGAGUGUGGGUAAAACCAGUCUGGUGGAGAGAUACGUACAUCACCGGUUUCUUGUGGGACCUUAUCAAAAUACUAUAGGGGCUGCAUUUGUUGCGAAAGCCCUCAAUGUUGGUGACAAGGUUGUUACUCUGGGAAUAUGGGACACUGCUGGGUCUGAACGCUAUGAAGCUAUGAGCAGAAUCUAUUACAGAGGAGCCCGUGCUGCCAUUGUCUGCUAUGACUUAACUGACAGCAGCAGUUUCGGAAGGGCCAGGUUCUGGGUGAAGGAGUUACAGAACUGUGAAGAGCACUGCAAGAUAUAUUUGUGUGGCACCAAGAGUGACCUCAUUGAAGCCCAUCGAAGUAUGCGCCAAGUAGACUACCAUGAUGUUCAAGACUUUGCUGAUGAAAUAGGUGCGCAACAUUUCGAGACCUCCAGCAAAACUGGAAAAAAUGUUGAUGAGGUGUUUCAGAAAGUGGCUGAAGAUUUCAGUAGCUGUGAUUUAGAGUUCAUGCAAGAGGAGAAGGGAGUGGAUCUUGGGCAAAAGAAGGACUCUUAUUUUGACAACUGCUGCCAUAACUGACAUAUCACUGGAAAAACUGCUGUAUCAUAUGGUCUAUUUUGGAAUGACUGGAGGCUCACCAUCUUUUAUACUCCUCAAAGUAUCAGCUGGAGUUUUUUGCUCUUUCCUUUUAUUCUUUUAUCAUUUUUUCCCCCAGUGUGCAGUAUGUUGAUUGGGUUUUUGGAAAUUAAGAACAUGAAGGAUUCCACUUUUUUCUGUGUUGAAGCAGUGAACUUUUUUAUUCUUUAACUUUUUUUUUUUUCUCGGACCUGAGAAUGUUGACUGAGGCAAAUAUUAACAGUGCAUGGCAAUCCGUUUUACCAAAAAGCAAAAACACAAAGCAAGCUUUAGGGACGGAUGCCAUUGCAUGGAGGUGAUUGUUGUCAAUUUUAACAAACGAUGCCUUGAGUGAUUUAUCACCUUUUAUAAUUUAAAGUGUCUCCAUUUUAUAGAUAUUUUGGGAUCUUAAUGUUUACACUCUUAUCACACUGCACUCAUGUAUGAACAAUUUAGUUUCAUAUGUCCACACUAAACUGGAGCUUUUUGCAGUUUUCACAGAUCUGAGACAAGUUCAAACCUCUUUCUCAGAAUGAUAAAGAUUUAGAUUAGAUGGGGUGGAAAAUUACAUAGUAAAAGUCCGUUUUCAAUUAUGAUGUUCUUGAAUUGUAAUUAAGCUGAAAACUUGAUGUCAGAAUGUCAAAAGCUAAUAACCAUAGUUACUUGAGUCAUUUAUAGUAUCAUGGUAAAUUUGAUAUCUGGAAGUAACAACUCAAAAAUGUUUCACAACACAAAAGUUUCACUUUGUUUGCAGUGUUUGAUAAUGGAGCCCAUAGCUUCCUGUAUGGUGUUUGUCCAUUAUUUAUGGUUGACUGUCUGACAGGUCUUUACCAUGUUCCAAAAGCGAGUCAAUGUGCAGCAUUUGGUGAAUGUGAGGUUAAUGUUUACAGUGUUAUUUUUAUUGUUUAAUUUUACUUCAAUGCAAUUUGGGUAAGAUUUUGUAAACUGGGACUCUAACUUGUCAGUUAUGAACAUGUUGUGCGUACUUUGUACAUACAGCCUUAGUUCGCUCUCCGUUCAUAUUGUGCCUGUAUUAAAUACUGCUCAACGAAGACUGUAGCUAAAAAUAUGGUUUGCAUAUUUUACAUGUCAGUCCAGAGAGAUCCUGAUAUUAUUUUCACUGGCUGUCCUACAGGAAAGGACAAUAUUAUGUUACUUUGUUACAUUUUACUGUGAAAUUACAUUAAGAUUAUCACUUUAAGAUUAUCACCAAAAAAAAAAAAAAAAGUCUGAGCUUGUGAACUUACACAGCUAUUUUUUUUUACAAAUUUUGUUUAAAUGAAUCAAAAUUUUAUGAGCAAAACAGACCAAGUAAUUUAAGACUGCCAGAUAUUGGAAUGAUGCAAUAUCAAGCAUGUAUGCAGCAUGCUUGUUAAUACUUUAAAUGUAUCUUGGAACUUUUAGGGGUAAUAACUUAAAUUCAACACAUUUAUUUUAGCUACAUAUAUUCAUCCUUUGCUGCCUAUUCUUGCUUGCCCUCACAUAUCUUCAGUGUUUUUUUUUUUUUGCAAUAUGGACUCUCUCACCAAAAUAAUAUUACCAUUCCGUCUGGACUGGAAUUCAUUGAAUUGAUUAUAUAUAGAUUGGCUACAUAUAUUCAUCCUUUGCUGCCUAUUCUUGCUUGCCCUAACAUAUCUUAAGAUUUUUUAUUUAUAUAUUUAUUUUAUUUUAUUUUUUUGUAAUAUGGACUCUCUCACCAAAAUAAUAUUACCAUUCUGUCUGGACUGGAAUUCAUUGAAUUGAUUAUAAAUAUUUUUAAUUUAUCAUGUACUUUACCAAAACCUUAUGUGUCCUCUGUAAGGUGACUGUGGGAACUUUUAUCUAUGUAUACAGUAUAAAAUGAAAAUGUUAAUUAAAAAAAAAAAAAAGAAAAAGAAAGCAUCAGCCCAGAUUUCAUAGAAAUUAAAGUGAAAUUAUUAAAUAAAAUGAUAUGAAACAGAAUCACAUUAGAAACUUGCUGCACCUUCAGAAUCUUUUCCACAAAGAAAAUAAAAUUGAUUGCAAGAUUAUGUCAUUGUGACACUAUUGUAAUGACAAUUGCCCCAGAUUCUGCCCAAAAAUUCUCAUUACUGUAAUACAGAAAUAAAAUCAUCCUGUCUGGGAA